AGACCUAUUCAUAUUUUCAGCUCAUGCUUACUUCGCCUCACUAGCUAAAGACUCAAUCAAAGAUUCAAAUCUAGCCGGCACGCCAACUCUAUUAAAUUAUAAUUUAGUACUAUAUAUCAUUUCAAUUUUCACUCGAUCAACCAAUUUUACAAAUUCCAACAAGAAUUUUUCAAACGUCUUUCCCUAUGUUUUAUACGUAGUAAUAUUCGUUCCAUCUCUCUGUUUAAUAUCUUCAUGAUCUUCUUUGAUGAUCGAAAGCUCUCGAGUAUGACAAUGGCCACUCCUUUCUUCCCUAUUUCCACGGCGUUGCUCUCUGUCUUGGCGAUUUUCCCUCUUUUUUGCUAUCUCCCCACCUGCCUUGCUCAGUCCCUCUACAACGACGGCGUUUUGAUCACGUACAACAAUAACUCGACCGAGCUAAUCCCGCCGUUUCUUAAUCCGGUCAACCUGCCCGACCAGCCGUACCGGUUCAGGUCGACGCUGACGGUUCUCAACAACGGCGGCAGGAGCUGAAGAAUUGGCGGGUCUUCGUAGGGUUCGAGCACGGCGAGCUCCUCGUGUCCGCCGCCAACGCCGUGCUCGCCGACGGCGCCUUACUGCCGGCGAACGUCAGCGGCGGCGCUGUUUUCUCCGGAAGCUCGCCCACGGACCUGAAAACUGCGAUCGAAACCGCCGGAGAUGUUAACCAGAUGCGGGCGGUGGUGGAGUUGGUGGGGACGGAGUUCGGUGUGGCGCCGCCAAACGCCUCUUUGCCGGGAAAUAUUACUCUUGCUAAUGACGCCUACCUGUGUCAAAAUCUUACCACACAAGGUAACAUCAUGAACACUUGUUGCACGCUAGACUCGAACACGGAGACGAACAUAACAAGGGGCCAAGAAUUCUCCCCCCUCCAGACAGGCGACGUGACGAUCAUGUACGAUGUAUUGAUGACAUACGAUCCCAACUAUUGGGCUCAACUCACAAUCUCAAAUCACAAUCCAUUCGGUCGUCUCGACAAUUGGGAAGUGAGUUGGGAAUGGAUGCAAGGCGAAUUCAUAAACUCAAUGCGAGGCGCUUUGCUACAAGUGGUUGACAGCGGCGAUUGCAUCUUCGGCAGCCAAGGCCAAUACUAUAAAAACUUCGAUUUCUCUAAGGUUUUGAGCUGCGCAAGAAGGCCAACAAUCAUCGAUCUUCCUCUAUCCAAGGCUAAUGAUUCCAACCUAGGAUUGAUCCCUUUUUGCUGCCGGAAUGGGAGCAUCCUAUCACCAGCCAUGGACCCCAGCAAGUCCAAGUCCUCGUUUCAAAUCGAAGUGUACAAAAUGCCCCCGGAGAUCAACAAGACCGAGCUCUCCCCUCCGCUCAACUGGCGGAUCAAUAGCACGGUCGGGCCGAGUUAUCAAUGCGGCCAGCCUGUCCGUGUUGUGCCAUCUCUCUUCCCCGAUCCGUCCGGGCUGCCCUCCCAAAAGGCCGCUAUCGCCACCUGGCAGGUGGUUUGCAACACUACCAAGACCGAGCCCAGGAAGCCAACCUCAUGUUGCGUCACUUUCUCGUCUUUUUUCAACGACUCGAUAGUCCCCUGCAACACCUGCGCCUGUGGCUGUGGCCAGACAAGCACCUGCAGCACCACUGAGCCGGCGCUGCUCCUGCCGGCUCAAGCGCAAUUGGUGCCAUUUGACAACAGGACAAAGUUCAUUAAAGAGUUUGCUAAAAUAAAAAGGAUGUAG